AUGUGGCUGGAGAGAACAUUGCUUUUGUUAAUUUUGCUUAAUGCAGUACAAACCCAACACUGUGAUUUUCCUGAAUCGUUGUGUUUCGAUGCGGAACCGGCUUUAUCAAAUCUAGAUCUACUCGAGGCAGCACUAGAAAAUUCUGGGACACCAAGCAACUUUACUCAACCAGCUGAACUCGUUUCCUUAAUAAAUGAACUGUCGGUGGCGAUCAAGGAAUCGUAUGGGAAAGGUUACAAAACAUGUGCUGAUGUCCCGGUUGGGUCACCCUCGGGACUAUACUUACUCGAGGGAGAGUUCAGGGAUGCAAUAAUUGCAUACUGUGAUAUGACAUAUAAUGGCGGAGGCUGGUUGGUGUUCCAAAAAAGAUUCAACAAUCAGACCGUGUUCCAACGUCCUUGGAAUUCAUACAAAGUUGGCUUUGGAGAACUAGCAUCCGGCGAGUUUUGGUGGGGUUUGGAUAAUUUGUACCGAAUAACAAACUUAAUGCCACACGAGCUGACCAUCAUCUUGGAAGACUUUAAUGGACGAACAGUUUUCGCGAACUACAAGACGUUCCAGAUUGGUGACGAAACCGAGCUAUAUCGAUUGAACGUUUUAGGACCAUACAAUGGAACAGCUGGUGAUGGCAUGAGACGGUGUCAAAACAUGUACUUUACUACAACCGAUAGGGAUAAUGAUCUUUAUACACUAAAUUGUGCUGAAGUAUAUACAGGUGCGUGGUGGUAUUCUGCUUGCCAAGACAGUAAUCUUAAUGGACAGUACUUGAAUGGUAAUACAACACUGUAUGGAAAAGGAAUAACAUGGCUUCAGUUUACCGGACAAGACUAUUCUCUAAAAGCAACUAAAAUGAUGAUACGUCGAAUCCCGUGA